GCCCAGCCCAGCCCCACGCUGCCCCUGGGGUGGAAAGUGCUGGCACAGGGCUGCACCCUCCUGGUUGAAGGACUGGAUUCAUUACCUCCUCUUCUUCCUUCCUUGCCACACAGAUCCCCUCGCUGGAUUUAACGCGCAGAGUCCCGCACAGGCUGCGAGAGGCUGCAGAUGCACCUGGCUGCUGUGCACCAGCACCUUCCCCGGGCCGGCGAUGGCCGCACAGCGUGUGACUUCCCAGGGACCAGUGACAACCUGUAGCAUCCUCAGUGCUGGUGCGUGUGCUCCCGGGAGAUAUCGGUGCAUUCGUGUACGUUAGCAGGAGAGGACCCGCAGCAUCUCCACGUUCUCCUUCCCUCCUCCCUCUGCCACCUAGGAGGUUUCCAAGGCUUUCGGGGCUGGAGACUGCCGUGCCAGCGGCUGCUGACAUGAGGCUGCUCCUGAUCAUUCUGCCAUCGCUUCUCUACGCUGCUACAAAGCCUCCUCUGAUCCGCUCCUGGAGGGAUGGACACGCUUGUCCCUUGGGACAGUUUCCCUGCGGCAACCUCUCCAUCUGCCUGCCCCAGGCCCUGCACUGCAACAGGGAGGAUGACUGCGACAACGGAGCUGACGAGGAGAACUGCGUGGAUGACAGCGGCUGGCUGCAGAUCUUGGGCAACAUGCGGGCUACAAGGAGCAGCAGCAGGACAGCGGAGGAAGAUGAGGGUGAUGCCUGCUGGCUGGAGCCCUUCCCGGAGCGAUGCCGGUGCUGGGGAAGGGCUGUAGACUGCACGGAGCGGGACCUCACCACUGUCCCCUGGGUGUCCUCCAACGUCACCAGAAUGGACCUGAAGAAAAAUAAAAUCCAUUCUCUGCUGGACAGUCAGUUUUCCAGGUACAAGAAUCUGCAGAAGCUGUUUUUGCAAAACAACAAAAUCAGGUUGAUCUUACCCAAAGCCUUUGCUGGACUUUCUCAGCUUAAAAUGUUGUUCCUCAGCCACAACAGGAUCACACAGCUGAAGCCCCAGGUUUUUGAGGAUCUGCAUCGCCUUGAGUGGCUGAUGCUGGACAACAACAGGAUUGCGCAGGUCAUCCCCGCGACGUUUGCAGGGCUGAAGUCGCUGUAUUUCAUGGACAUGCUGAACAACUCUCUGACUCAAAUACCCAACACCUCCCUCUGCGCAGAGAUGCCGAAGCUCAGCUGGCUGGAGCUGGAAGGGAAUGGGAUCCAGGCGGUGCACAGGGCUGUCUUCCACGAGUGCUGGGACUUCACAGUGCUGACCCUGCGCAGAAACAAGCUCAAGUGGAUCCAAGAUGGGACAUUUUCCAGGCUGAACAGACUGGUGGAGCUCUACCUGUCAUCCAACAGACUAGACCAGCUCCCCUCCUCUCUAUUUUAUGGCCUGGCUGAGCUCCAGCAUCUGAAUAUUUCCUACAACCCCUUGAAAAAGAUCCUCCCCAGCCAGUUUGAGAGCCUGCCCCAGCUAUGGUCUCUGAGCUUGGAAGGGCUGGAGAUCCCCAACGUCCACAACCUGACCUUCCAGAAGCUGACUAAUCUCUCCCACAUCUACUUCAAGAAGUUCCAGUACUGCAGCUACGCACCACACGUGCGCAGCUGCAAGCCCAACGACGGCAUCUCCUCCUUCGAGAACCUCCUCACCAACAUCAUCCUGUGUGUCUUCGUCUGGGUCAUCGCCUGCCUCACUUGCUUCAGCAACCUCUUUGUCAUCUGCAUGCGGUCCUUCAUCGUCACGGAGAACAGCCAGCACGCCAUGGCCAUCAAGUCCCUGUGCUGUGCAGAUGGCCUGAUGGGCAUCUAACUCUUUGUCAUUGGAGCCUUUGACAUCAAGUACUUGGGUGAAUACAACAAGCAUGCCCAGGGCUGGAUGGGCAGCCUCUAGUGCCAGCUGGUGGGCAGCCUGGCCAUGCUCUCCUCCGAGGUGUCAGUCCUGCUGCUAACCUACGUGACCCUGGAGAAAUACUUCUCCAUUGUUUUCCCAUUCAGCCACCACAGAGCUGGCAAGAAGCAGACCAUCUCGGUGCUAGCAGCCAUCUGGCUUCUGGGCUUCUCCCUCAGCUUCAUCCCCCUGUGGUGUAAGGAGACCUUCGGGAACUACUAUGGGAGGAACGGGGUGUGCUUCCCGCUACAGUCCGACCUGGGCGAGCGGCCCCGUGCCCGGAGCCUCUCCAUCACCAUCUACCUGGGCUUGAAUCUCACAGCCUUCAUCACCAUUGUCUUUGCCUACUCCGGCAUGUUCUACUCCAUCCACAUCACUGCGUCUAAAACAGCGGAGAGAGGUGUCUGCUCACGGGAAGUCGCCAUUGCAAAGCGGUUCUUCUUCAUCGUCUUCACUGAUGCUCUCUGCUGGAUACCCAUCUUCCACCUCAAGCUGCUCUCCCUGCUGCAGGUGGAAAUACCAGGCACCAUCACCUCUUGGGUGGUCAUCUUCAUCCUGCCCAUCAACAGCGCCCUGAAUCCCAUCCUCUACACCAUCACCACCGCCUCCUUCCAGGAGCAGGUGAAGGGCUGUUUGCAGACCAAGCAGCUGGAGCUGCACGUGUCCCGCAAGAGCUUUACCCUGGUGACACUGCAGGCCAACAGCACUUGACCCUUCCCCGUGGCACAAGGAUGCCCGUGGCUCCCCAGCCUGCCAGGCACUACCUCCAGCUCCACAGCCCCACAAGAAAGCGCAUUGCUCAGCUCUGGGAUGCUCCUGUGUUGGAGAAUCACUAAGCAUUAAGGUUUCCUCAUCAGCCAGCAGAUACCGUUAGUACUUUAUUAAUUACACGGAUGGGAAGAGCAGCCCCGAUCCAAGUCAAACAAUCUGCUGCAGUUGCGUAUGAUACAAAACAAAAGUCCCUUAAAUACAAAAUACACGUCUUUUACGUGAGCAUCACCUGGCGCUUAGCUCUACCGCCGGAGUUAUAUAUUAAUAUUCCAACUGUACAAGUAUUUAUAGAUAGAAAAAAAGAAAUUUUAAAAAAUAUUAGGAGAAAAA